AAGUUUAUCUGUUCAAGAAUGUCGCAAUGCUAUCAUAACACUAGGAUAAAAAUAAAUAAAUAGUUACUUAAUAUAAAUAGCGAAAAGUAUAAACAUUUACAGAAUUUUGAUUCUUGUCUCGGUUUGCCCAAGGAUCUGUUUGUUUUAAGAUAUCCCGGCGAUAGUUUAUUUAACUACUACAAAUUUACUUGUAUUUGUAACAUUUGUAGUAACCGCCGUAACCUCGUCCCCAUCGACCGAACGACACGUAGUCAAGGCAACGCCUCCGCCAAUCGCGCAGUAUCAAAUUGUCGAUGGUCUGCCGUAGACAUACGAUGGUCGUAAAUCUGUGUUCGUGUUGCUUGCUUCUGUUCUAUUAGGAAAUGCCCACCAAGUACGAUAUACCGAGUAGAAGUUUGCAUGUUAUCGGGCCCGCUUGGAACUAUCACCAUCCUCAAUUUCUGAAAUGGAAAACGUGGGCUCAGCCGGCCAGGCCUUUGCAUAAUUUGAAAGUGGAUCCAGAGCUUAUCUUUACAAAACAAGAAAGGAUAGGCAAAGGUUCUUUCGGGGAAGUAUUCAAAGGAAUUGAUAACAGAACUCAACAAGUAGUAGCCAUUAAAAUAAUUGAUUUGGAAGAAGCUGAAGAUGAAAUUGAAGAUAUUCAACAAGAAAUCAUGGUAUUGUCACAAUGUGAUAGCCCUUUUGUUACAAAAUAUUUUGGAUCUUAUCUCAAGGGUACCAAAUUAUGGAUCAUUAUGGAGUAUUUAGGAGGUGGCUCUGCUCUUGAUUUAAUGAAAGCAGGACAAUUUGAAGAAAUGCAUAUCGCAAUAAUACUUCGAGAAGUAUUAAAAGGCUUAGAUUAUUUACAUUCAGAACGAAAAUUACAUAGAGAUAUCAAAGCUGCCAAUGUCCUAUUGUCUGAAAUGGGUGAUGUUAAAUUAGCUGAUUUUGGAGUUGCUGGUCAGUUAACAAAUACAACUAGCAAAAGAAAUACUUUUGUUGGGACACCUUUCUGGAUGGCACCUGAAGUUAUAAAACAAUCAGCUUAUGAUUCCAAAGCAGAUAUUUGGAGUUUAGGUAUAACAGCUAUUGAAUUAGCUAAAGGCGAACCUCCAAAUUCUGAUCUUCAUCCAAUGAGAGUUUUGUUUUUAAUUCCUAAAAAUAAUCCUCCACAGUUAACUGGAAAUUAUAACAAGCAAUUCAAGGAAUUUGUGGAAGCAUGUUUGAACAAAGAUCCUGAAAACAGACCUACAGCCAAAGAACUUCUGAAAUUUCCAUUUAUUCGAAAAGCAAAGAAGAAUUCAUACUUAAUUGAUCUUAUAGAAAAAUAUAAACGUUGGAAAGCUGCUGGAGGUGGUCAAAGUGAUAGUGAUUCAGAAGCUUCUGAUUCUGAUGAAUCCAAGAUGAACGAUACAUGGAAAAGUUGGCGUUGGGAUUUGGGAACUGUGAAAACUCCAAACUCGUUAGAACUUAAUAUGCCUUCAAUUGCUGAAAAUGAUAAUAAUGUUGUUGUUGUAAAACCUACAAAAUUGUCUACACAAAUUAAACUUCAACAACAAAAUGGUGACUCUACUGCCACUCCGUUAUCACCUCUAUCUCAUAAAGAGAAUUUAUAUUACAGACAGAUGGAAGGACGGUCACAAUUGGUAAGACCAACAAGUGCAGCACCGCCACCACCGCCACCACAACAGCAAAAAUAUAGAGAUAGAGAAAAAGAUGGUAAAGAGGAAUUUGAACAAAAACAUAGAGAGAUCAUGAAUCAAAGAGAACUGAGGCAAUAUGAACGAAAAAGAGAAGUAGAAAUAUCUAGAGAACAAACUCAACAAGAAGUAAGAGAAAUUUUGAGAGAGAAAGAUCCACAUGAUAUUAGAGAUAAUCGUGAGCAAGAAAGAUAUCCACUUCCUCAAAAGAAUCCUUUAUCUCCAUUAUCUCCUACAAAACCAUUAAUUGAAAAAGGUGCAACUUGUUUAUCAACAGUAAUACAUCCUUUAGUUUCAGAGCUCCAGCGAAAACAUAAAAAUAAUUUAAAACCUGAUAUCAAUUCAAGACUGGAUGCUAUUGAAGAACUCCACACGGCAUUUGAUCUUGCAGAAAGAUCUUGUCCUGGUAUUAGUGAUAUCUUUGUAAAAGAAAUUUUACAUCGUUUACUUCCCGGAUUGAGUACCCAUCGAUUGCAAGAUGCAGUAGAUAGACUUACCAGAGAUGGAUCAUAGAAAUGGAAAAUUGGAAAACAGACAUUUGAAAGAGAUUCAAUGUGCCUGAAGCUAUGGCAUACAUCCCCUCCUUUACAUACCUCACAUUCCAUCAUUGACAUCUAAUAGAGGUGUUGUCAAUAGCUCUGGAGCAUACACAGGCUGUCACAGUUUAGAUGACAAUUUUGUAACCUAAAUAUAUAAUUAAAGAACUUUCAGCAAAAAAGGUUGUGGCCUAUACAGUAUAUUUAUGUUAAAAUUUCUAGUGUAAUGUAGCACAAUAUAGAUUCCAGUUUCUGUGGAUGAAAUUAUGCAUGUCGUUACGAUGUUUCUCUGUAAUUCUAUUUCCAUUGUUCCAUUUGUUUAAUUCAUAAAGCAAAUAUUAUUUCAUUGCAUUCCAAAUACAAUAAUUGUAUUGUAUAAAAACUUUACAUAAUCUUUAGAAGUACAAGUUAAAACAAGAUAUAUUGUUUUUAUUCAGGAAAAAAGAACAGAUUGUUUAGAAUUGAGAGAAUGGCCUAAUUAAUUCUUUACUUUUAAUAAUGCAUUUUGUGACUGUUUAGCCACCAUACAAAGAAAGGACCAAAAUAACAUAUCAUGGAGGACAGUAAUUCAAAUGAAUGACAAGGGGAACAACAUUCAAUGACAAAUCAUUAAGCCAAAAUUAUUUGGAAAGACAGGUGCAAUUAGAAUGUUUGUUGGAAAUUGCAACUGCAGGGACAUUGAUGUAUUUCUCUGUCGCCAUAUAUGGAAAGCUUAAAGCCAUUGUGUAUUGCCGAAGACAUUCUUCAGACGAGAAGAUUUGAUUAAAAAAAUAUAUAUUUGUGUGUACAAAUAAGUUUUAUUAGUUUUAUAGAAAAAUUGAAACAAAAUCUAUAUGAAGAAAAGACACCAAUAUCUUCAUUAUAAGAAUUUAUAUAUGUAUAUGUUGGACAUUAAGAACAUACUAUUUUUUGUUUAAUAUCAUUGUAUUUUCAAAUUGUUUAUCACCAAAAAUUUCAUUAUCUUUGACAGUAUCUCUCUGUGCUUAUUCAUAUAAUUAUGUCAAGUGUAAAUUUUAAAAAAUCAUUUAAGUAGUAUUCAACAAAUUGAAGAGCUGUUGAUAUUGAAGCUUGGUGAUUCCAUUAAGUGAAGGAUAACACUAUUUCCAAGCUGAAAGUGAUGUAAAACUAUCAUUUUAUCUAAAACUAAUUUAAACUAAAUCAUUUUAAACAUACUUAAUGUAAAAUUUAAUCGAAUAAUAAUAAAAUCUUUAAAAUUUUGACUUCAAAAAAGAAUGAAAGUACAAACUAAACCAAAGAAAACAGGUUUAUUGAAAUAAUUUGGCCCAUUUCAGUUUUCUUUAUUAUUAUUAUUAUUUAUUCUGUGAAGAAAGUGAUAGUUUUACUUCAGUUUAAAAAACUUAUGAUUUUCUGGAAUAUAAAAUAUUCUUUUAUUAGUCUUGGUCUAUUUUUCCUGGGAUAUAAGGGCAAUCAAGGACUGUUUAGUUCACUUUGUCUUAUAGAACUGUAAAUAAUAUAAAAUUAAAUAUGUUGAUCUUAAU